CCUUCCUCGGCCCCACGAGUCCCGCGUCGCCCUUCGUCGCCCUUCGCUGCCGGGCAGGGAUGGAAGGAGCGGGGAGCUCCCAACCGUCAUGUCCAUAGAGAGGAUCUGGGCCCGGGAGAUCCUGGACUCCCGUGGGAACCCCACCGUGGAAGUGGAUCUCCACACUGCCAAAGGUCUUUUCCGGGCUGCAGUCCCCAGUGGAGCUUCCACUGGCAUCUAUGAGGCCCUGGAGCUGAGGGAUGGGGACAAGCAACGUUACUUAGGCAAAGGUGUCCUGAAGGCAGUGGACCACAUCAACACCACCAUCGCACCCGCCCUCCUGAGCUCAGGUCUGUCGGUGGUGGAACAAGAGAAGCUGGACAACCUCAUGCUGGGGCUGGAUGGGACUGAGAAUAAAUCCAAGUUUGGGGCCAAUGCUAUCCUGGGUGUGUCCCUGGCUGUGUGUAAGGCAGGGGCAGCGGAGCGGGAGCUGCCUCUCUACCGCCACAUUGCUCAGCUGGCUGGGAAUUCAGACCUCAUCCUGCCCGUGCCGGCCUUCAACGUGAUCAAUGGUGGCUCCCAUGCUGGAAACAAGCUGGCCAUGCAAGAGUUCAUGAUCCUCCCCGUGGGGGCUGAGAGCUUCCGGGACGCCAUGCGGCUUGGGGCGGAGGUCUACCACACACUUAAGGGAGUCAUCAAGGACAAGUACGGCAAGGAUGCCACCAAUGUGGGAGAUGAAGGCGGCUUUGCUCCCAACAUCCUGGAGAACAGUGAAGCCUUGGAGCUGGUGAAGGAAGCCAUCGACAAGGCUGGCUACAUGGAAAAGAUUGUCAUUGGCAUGGAUGUUGCUGCCUCAGAGUUUUACCGUGAUGGCAAAUACGACUUGGACUUCAAGUCCCCCGCAGAUCCUUCCCGAUACAUCACUGGGGACCAGCUGGGUGCGCUCUACCAGGACUUUGUCAGGGACUAUCCUGUGGUCUCCAUUGAGGACCCGUUUGACCAGGACGACUGGGCAGCCUGGUCCAAGUUCACGGCCAACGUUGGGAUCCAGAUUGUGGGCGAUGACCUGACAGUGACCAACCCCAAGCGCAUCGAGCGGGCAGUGGAGGAAAAGGCUUGCAACUGCCUGCUGCUCAAGGUCAACCAGAUCGGCUCGGUCACUGAGGCCAUCCAGGCGUGCAAGCUGGCACAGGAGAAUGGUUGGGGCGUCAUGGUGAGCCACCGCUCGGGAGAGACCGAGGACACCUUCAUCGCGGACCUGGUGGUGGGGCUGUGCACUGGCCAGAUCAAGACUGGUGCCCCCUGCCGUUCUGAGCGUCUGGCUAAGUACAACCAGCUCAUGAGAAUUGAAGAAGAGCUGGGAGAUGAAGCUCGCUUCGCUGGACAUAAUUUCCGCAACCCCAGUGUGCUGUGAACCCUCUGCUCGCCCGGACACUGGGCCCUGUCCUGUCAUCCUGGACCCUCCUCCUCACUGUCCCGACCUGUGAUAGUCGCCCCCGUCCCAUCCCGAGCUCAGGGCACCCAGAACCCCUGACUAACCUGCUCUGGCUGCUUCCUGGCAAACCCAAGCCCUGCUUUUCUGCUCUCCCUCCUCUUUGAGCCCUGUCCUCUAGGUUUCUUACUCUGUCCAUUUCCCCUUUCUCUUUUCUCUUCCCUGGAAAUGAGAUGGAGGAUUGAAAGGGGGCUGGAGGAAGAACGUCUGUCUGUGAAGGGGGCUUCAGGCUGGUUUGUUGCAGUGUUGGGAGUGGGGCCACGUGUCACUGUGCUAUCCCUGUCCCAUGUGUCUUCCAUGUUGUGUGUGACCCAUGAACCCUGUGGAAUGUGCCAGGGGUGUGGUCAUACCUAGCUUGGGCUUUUGAGUAUUUAUUUAUCCAUUUAUUUAUUUUUUUACUCAUCCUGUUAAUUAUUCAUUUCCCUAUAACCCUCGGCCUAAAAGUGGCCUGACUCGAGGGGACUGCAUCUGGGUUUCAUGUGGCUGUAGAUCCCACAGGAGCUAGGUGGGAGGUCUCACUGACUGACACAGGAGGGGUAACAGAAGACAGCCUUACCAGCAGUUAUGUUUGUAUUAACAGAAGCCUGGGUUGGUUCAGAGUGGGGUGUGUGCCUGGGGGACUCCUCCCCUAUUUUCUCUCCCAGCCCCAGGUUCCCUGUUCCUUCUCCAGUUGCACCAGAACACCGGCUCACUCUCCUGUGCUGUGUUCCACUUGCCACAGCCACUGUGGCACUGAAAUGAGCACCACCAUUAAAGUCUGAACCACAGUGCA